AUGUUGGUUUUCUUACUCUACGUGAUUGGACUAGUGAUGUCGGAGCAUUACGACUCGUAUGUGAAUCCCAAUCCCAGACCUUACGAGCAGUGUAAUUCGCAGGAUUUGAUCAAGUUAUCCAGUUGUUGCAAUGAUAUCUUAACCAAGUUGGAUUUAUGUAAGUCAAACGAUUUGGCUUGCGAAUGCUGUGCCCUACAGAAAUUGGACUCGUCCUGCUUUAAAGUGUGUCCUAACAAUCCGUCCAAUAACUUUUUAACGGUGUUGUUGAAUGAUUGUGCUUCAUUGAAUGAUGUAAAUGCUUGUAAUUUACCGUUCAAUAAAGACGAUUUUUUUAUGGUGGGUGAGACGGAAAUGCCCAAAUCAAAAGCAAGAGCUGGCUCCUAUGAUCAAUUAUCCAAUCAAUUCACUAUAAAAUCCAAAUUGAAAAAAUUCACCGAUUCAACUGAUGAGAUAAAAAUAGACUUAUUCGAGUAUACCGAUAAUGAAGUUGAACACUCUGCAAUUAAAAACAUCACCUUUUCCAAUUCAACAAACGUUAUAAACGUUUCUAAUAUAUCAAACGUUUCUAAUCAAACAACCGUUUCUGGGUAUUGUACGUAUUCUCAUCCCUUUAUCCCUUUGCUUUCGCCUACUAAUUUUUAA